UAAGUUUCCCAUUAUAUUUACGUCAAUGCAAUAGGAAACCGAAAAUGCGUGCAACCGGGCAUGCGCGGAGCAGGCAGAUGGAACUGGAUUUGCAUGAGGCAUAGACCUCUUUCUGAGAAUAAAGUUAAGUGUUUUAAAAAUAGUUUUUUUUUAAACUUUGCUGACCCGCCCCGUAACAGAACUCUCCUGCUAUUAAAAUCAUUUUCAGAUACCAUCCGAUUUCGACCUGACUAUAAAUACUAUAAAGAAAUCGAGGGAUUCCUUAAGUAUCACGAAAUACCAGCUAACUGGCGAGAGGCAAGAUUGAGAUGUCAUCUGGAAGGAUCAAAACUAGCGACUCCUCUGAAUUCAGAACUCAAAAAUGUAAUGUUAACGUUUGCAACGAACAGUGUAUAUGGAAUUUAUACGGGUCUUCACUAUAUAUUCUCUAGAGGCGACUAUUUUUCCGUGGAAGGUGUUCCUCUUGCUAAGAUUCCUCAGGACUGGAAUAAAGGCGAGCCCGACAACCGUAAUGAUGAAGAAGGUUGCAUAAUAAUGAAGGCUGAUGGAAAUGGCUCUUUCUCUGACAGGAAUUGUACAAGAACUUUCCCGUACGUAUGUUAUAAGAAGGAUGCCCCUGGCUUAAAACUGAAUGUGUGCAACACUUGGGAUUCAUCUUACUUUCUGGAUGAUAGAACCGGCAGUUGUUACAAGUUCCAUCAGUUCCCUCGUACCUGGCCUCGAGCUUAUAUGACCUGUGCUGCCGAAAACGCAUAUCUUGCAGUCAUCAACUCUGAAGCCGAAGGAAAGGCGUUGGGUGAAUUGUUCUUGAAAAAGGGAAAACCUUUGCCGUAUUCUGGUCAAUACUACUGGGAUACCGCCCAUAUUGGAUUCCAUGAUUGGGGCGAACAUGGCGGACAAUGGAUUACUAUUCAUGGUGACAACCUUAAAGAUGCUGGCUACGACAAGUUCCAACCUGGAGAGCCCAAUAACUACAGUAUCAAUUUCAUGAAUAGUAUUAUGUACCAGUUUUGCGGCGGGAUAACUAAAGUAGGCACACUGGACGAUAUGUGGUGCGAACGCCGAGCGCAAUUCAUUUGUGAAAAGGACGUGAGCGUCAAGGACUUAUUGUAUGUUGAUGAAGAUUGAUUUUUCAUUUUCAUUUAAGGUUGAACCCCACUUUUUAGCAUGCUUCUGCAUGCUGUAUAUAAAAUUUAUAUUGAAUAUAGAUCC